AUGUCCCAGGCCUCCCAAGUCCCUCCGCCAGCUCGAGGCCUAACGUCACUAUAUUCCCAGGUACAGACGGAUUGUAUCUCCGCAUCAGUACAAUCCGGUCCUUAUUGUGUGAGCCCCAGAGUUCAAUCUGCUGUGGAGGUUAUAAUCGAUACAUAUGCAUGCGACGUCGCGGCUGUUGUGCCGAUGCUCGUCUAUUGUUGUAUGAGAGCGGGUUCUGGGAAGAGUGGAGGAGGGCGGAGACUCGCUGAGACGGGAAGUGAGAGACGAGCCGUGACCCGGAGAUGGAGAGGAACGCGGACCGGAGAUGACAUAUAA